AUGUUAAACAACAUUCUCAUAUUGUCUCUUCAGAUAAGCCUCCUAAGAACCACUCUUGGUGGGAAUGUUCUAAUUUGGCCAAUGGAAGGUAGUCAUUGGCUGAAUAUUAAGAUAAUUAUUGAUGAGCUCAUUGAAAAAGAGCAUAAUGUGACUGUGCUAGUUGCAUCUGGUGCACUUUUCAUUACGCCGACCUCUAACUCAUCUCUGACAUUUGAAAUAUAUAAGGUGUCCUUUGGCAAAGAAAGAAUAGAAGGAGUGAUCAGGAACUUUGUUUUGACAUGGCUGGAAAAUAGACCAUCUCCUUCAACCAUUUGGAGAUUCUAUCAGGAGAUGGCCAUAGUCAUCAAGGACUUCCACAUGGUGUCUAGAGAGAUCUGUGAUGCUGUUCUUGAAAACCAAAAGCUGAUGGAAAAGUUGAAGAAGAGUAAGUUUGAGGUCCUGUUGUCAGAUCCAAUAUUUCCUUGUGGUGAUAUAGUAGCUUUAAAACUGGGAAUUCCAUUUAUGUACUCUUUGAGGUUUUCUCCAGCCUCAACAGUGGAAAAGCACUGUGGAAAAGUACCAUACCCUCCUUCCUACGUUCCUGCUAUUUUGUCAGAACUCACCGACCAGAUGACUUUCUCUGACAGAAUCAGAAAUUUCAUCUCCUACCAUCUGCAGGACUACAUGUUUGAAACUCUUUGGAAAUCAUGGGAUUCCUACUACAGUGAGGCUUUAGAUGGUAGCCAUUGGUUAAAUAUUAAGAUCAUUCUAGAAGAGUUGAUUCAAAGAAAUCACAAUGUGACAGUACUGGCUUCAUCAGCAACUCUAUUCAUCAACUCCAAUUUUGAUUCUCCUGUGAAUUUUGAAACGAUACCUGUUUCCUACAAGAAGAGCAAUAUAGAUUCCUUAAUUGCACAUAUGAUAAUGCUGUGGAUAGAUCAUAGACCAACUCCUCUCACACUAUGGACUUUCUACAAAGAACUAGGAAAACUUCUAGAUACUUUCUUUCGAAUUAAUAUACAAAUCUGCAAUGGUGUAUUAAACAACUCCAAGUUAAUGGCAAAACUUCAGAAAGGAGAUUUUGCUGUGUUGGUAGCAGACCCAGUAACAAUCUGUGGUGAUCUAGUUGCUCUGAAGUUAGGAAUUCCAUUUAUAUACACGUUGAGGUUCUCUCCAGCCUCAACAGUGGAGAGACACUGUGGGAAAAUCCCAGCACCAGCUUCCUAUGUUCCUGCAGCCUUGUCAGAGCUCACUGACCAGAUGACCUUUGGUGAAAGGGUUAAAAAUACAAUAUCUUAUCCUCUGCAAGACUAUAUAUUUCAGUCCUACUGGGGAGAAUGGAAUUCAUACUACAGCAAAAUUCUAGGAAGAUCCACUACAUUAUGUGAGACUAUGGGGAAAGCAGAAAUUUGGCUAAUUCGAACAUACUGGGAUUUUGAAUUUCCUCGUCCAUACUUACCUAAUUUUGAAUUUGUUGGAGGACUGCAUUGCAAACCUGCCAAUCCUUUACCUAAGGAAAUGGAAGACUUUGUCCAGAGCUCAGGUGAAGAUGGUGUUGUGGUGUUUUCUCUGGGGUCUAUGGUCAAAAACCUCACAGAAGAAAAGGCUAAUCUCAUUGCUUCAGCCCUUGCCCAGAUUCCACAGAAGGUUUUAUGGAGAUACAAAGGAAAAAAACCAGCCACGUUAGGAACAAAUACUCGGCUCUACGAUUGGAUACCCCAGAAUGAUAUUCUUGGUCAUCCGAAAACUAAAGCUUUUAUCACUCAUGGUGGAACUAAUGGGAUCUAUGAAGCUAUUUAUCAUGGGGUCCCUAUGGUGGGAAUUCCCAUGUUUGCUGAUCAGCCUGAUAACAUCGCUCAUAUGAAGGCCAAAGGAGCAGCUGUGGAGUUGAACAUGAACACAAUGACAAGGGAAGAUUUGUUCAAUGCCUUGAGAGCAGUCAUUAAUGAACCUUCUUAUAAAGAGAAUGCUAUGAGAUUAUCAAGAAUUCAUCAUGAUCAGCCCAUGAAGCCUCUAGAUCGAGCAGUCUUCUGGAUUGAGUUUGUCAUGCGCAACAAAGGAGCUAAACACCUUCGGGUUGCAGCCCACGACCUCAACUGGGUCCAGUACCACUCUUUGGAUGUGAUUGGGUUCCUGCUAGCCUGUGUGGCAACCGCUGUGUUCCUAGUCACAAAAUGUUGUUUGUUUUCUUAUAAAAAAUUUUGUAAAACUGGAAAGAAGAAAAAGAGGGAAUAG